AUGGAAAAGAACGAAAAGAACAUGACCUUCCAAAAACGCACAAUGAGGACGAAUGACUAUGUCAAAGAACACUUCUUCAUGCGGAAAAAGGUCAAAACGUAUAAAGGCGAUGACUGGGUGCGAAAAUCUGCUCCUAUAAUUGAGCUGAUGUUUGGUGAUAUAGAAGACGAUGAUCUCGAUAACUCAAUAAAUAUCGAUUCUUUAUAUGGAGGAUGUGCUCCUUCGCAGGGAGGAAGUCAGCCAAUAGGAGAUAAGACAGGAACAGGAAAGAAAAAAUUCAGCCUUUUGGAGCUUCUGCACGAACACAUGUUGAAGUACUGGUCCACGACUGAGGAGGUCACAUCUGAUUUGGUUGCGCGUGUGCAGGAAUGGGAAGAAACUAUGAUGCCUAUUCUUGAAGAGGAGGAGACUAGAAAAGAGUUCGAUAUCCAUGAAUAUGGUGACGAGCUGCUAAGCAUGUUCAAGGAGGUUGGCGAGACGAAAACACUUGAUGAGUUGUUGAUUGGUAGGAAGAAAUACGAAGUCAGCCGAUACUUCCUUGCUUGUCUUAUGAUGGCAAACACGUAUAACGUCCGUGUUGAUCAUGAGAUUAGAAAAGAAAAUGGGGUCGAGACUCCGAUAAUGAUGAUCACGCUGUUGAAGAAGGACAGACACCAUGAAGCAUGCGAUUUGGCCGAGCUGGUGAAGUCCGAUGACUUUCCUCAUCUUCUUGUCCACGGUCCAUCUGGUGCAGGGAAAAGAACGCGAAUUCACUGCAUUUUAAGGGAACUUUACGGAGCAGGAGCAGAGCGACUGCACCUCGACAAAAAAUCACUUGUGACACCUUCUAAUAGAAAAAUUGAAAUCGACACUGUUAGCAGUAACUACCAUAUUGAAAUUAAUCCUGGCGAGGUUGGCAUCUACGAUCGUGUUGUUGUGCAAGAUGUUGUUAAGCAGAUGGCACAGACUUCGCAAAUCUCAAGUGCUACACAGAAAAGUUUCAAAGUAGUGGUGCUUAUGGAGGCAGAUCAGUUGACGCGAGAUGCUCAGCAUGCCCUUCGUCGUACUAUGGAAAAAUACUCCAUGACCUGUCGUCUGAUUCUCUGUUGUGAAUCUCUGAGUCGAAUUAUCGGUCCGCUGAAGUCAAGAUGCAUGAUUGUAAGAGUGGGCGCUCCGUCCGAUGAAGAGAUCAGAGAUGUAUGCACAUCUGUCGCAGAAAGAGUAAGACUAACAGUACCGGAUCCUGUUAUGGACCAAAUAGUGGCAAAAUCACGAGGAAAUCUGCGACGUGCACUGCUGUCGAUGGAAGCGGUGAAGAGAAAGGGAGUACCUAUUAAAGAAACCGAACAGGUACCAGAGCCUGAAUGGGAAAUCUACCUGCGUGAAACGGCAGAGUUGAUGAUCAAGAAGCAAAACAAUGAGAAUAUUCUUGCAGUUCGAGAACGUUUGUAUGAAUUGAUCUCCCGUUGCAUACAACCAAAUUUGAUAUUUUUG